AUGAAUUUCAUAUCCGAAACGCAGUUGGAGGAGAACAAGCGGCUGAGAGGGGAGCGAGUCGAGGAUGGCACUGUAACGGUGGACAAACCCCUGUACGAGAUUUUGAAAGAGCAGAAGGAGAAGAAAGAAGCGGAGCACAAGGAGAAAUUCAAAAACCGCCCACCAAGGGCAUUGGAUGAGGACGAGCUGGAGUUUCUCGAAGCUGUGGAGCAGAAGAAGAGGGAGGACGAGAAGGAGAAGGACGAUGAAGACAAGCGUGCACUUUCAGAGUUCCAGGCCGCUCUCCUGAGCCGAACAGUCACCGUUGAUUCUCAUGCCACUCAUGCCACACCUGACACGGCCACAGCACAAGCAGCUGGUGCUCCUGGCUCUUCCGCUUCUUCUAUAGUGGCAGCUAUUCGUAAAAGAAAGGAGCCCGAUCUUCCACUCAUGCCUCGUCUGGGUGUGAAGGUUCAGCUUAAAGCGAAGCCGAAAGCUAAGUCUGGAGGAGCUCCGGAUAAAGCGGCUGAUUCUAGGGCUACCGGUGCUUCUAAAGCCGAUUCUUCUGAAGGAGAGGCAACAAGGCAGAAGGGGGAUGGUAGGCAAAGUGGGGGUGUGGAUGAGAAAGGGGAUGGAGGAUCUGUUGUUGGCUUAGGGCUUGGAGCAUACGGUAGUGAUGAUGAUGACGACGACAACUAA